AUGGUCAACCAGCGCAGCAAGUCAGGAUGCUGGACUUGCCGACUGCGGCGUAAAAAAUGUCCCGAGGACGGGUUUCCCUGUUCCAACUGUGAAUCGAGAGCCGUUGUCUGCCAUGGGUACGGGCCGCGGCCUGCCUGGAAGGAUCGGGGGCUCCGAGAAAAGGAAGAGGCGGAUCGACUGCAGCUUCAGCGACGCGCACAAUCGCACGCGAGACGGCACUCUGCGACUUCUCUUUUCGCCGCCUCCAGUCAGUCUCCCUCCGCAACCUCCGUCUCGGCAACCAAUUUCCAGUCUUCUUCGUUUCCAGAGUCGAGCGUCGCUGGACCUCUCAUCUUCCCCGACACUCCCGACAUCCACACCGAGAUCCCACUGCUGGACACUUCAACGCUCCUGUCGGAAUUCUGGGUGCCCGAUUUUGAGGCGCUGGCUUCGACGUCGACUCUGUGCGACAACUCCGUCUUGGCCGUUGAACACCCGAGUCCUUCUAAAACAGCUCAGGAGGAGCAGCCCAUCACCACGCCUUUACUUUCACCCACCACCAGCGUGCUGGACUUUUCCUCCACUCGAGUCACGCCAUCGGAAGAACGGGAAAUUGAGCUUAUGCUGCAGUUUCUGGGAGAAGACUUUGCUAAACAGCAUCCUUCUGAUGAGCUAUCGGGCCUCAAAGAGAGAUUUUGGCUGGUGUGCAUAUUCAAACGCUCCUCCACCUUCUUCUACGCUUCAUUGGCGACGAGUUCCUAUUUCAAUUUCUUGAAUGCUCCAGCGCACGAUGGUAAGCGCACUGAAUUCUUCCGGGAGUAUGACCAGUAUAGAGAGAGUGCAACAAAGGGUCACCGGGCUCUCUUGGAGGAAGCAAAUCGCGAAAACAUCCUUCAGCCACCUACGGACUUUACGCUGGGUGAAACCAUCAUUUGUAGUAUUCAACUAGCCAUACUGGAGUCGCUUGGAGAAAACCAUCAGGAUACAUUGUCACACAUAAAUUCGGCCGCGCGUGCUGUAGUUAGAUAUCAUGAAUUGUCCUCAAUGACCAACCCUGAUACCCCAGCGCAAUCCUUCGUCUUACCAGCAGCAUCCGUGGAACGAAGGGCGAUAUUAUUCUUUACCUAUAUACUCAUAUGGAUACACGUCUUGUAUUGCUCGACGCAACAGACCAUGCCGCUAGCCUCGCACAUAUACCGGCGACUGUUGUCCACAAGUUCUCCGUCUGGGUCCUUUCACCAGAUUGUGGGCUUUGAGGGUUGGGUCCUCGUUGGCCUCCUGGACGCCAUCGAAGUCUCUGUCUGGAAGCGGAAACAAGAAUCCAAUAAUCGACUUAGCAUGAGAGAACUGAUCAGUAAAACAGAUGCAAUCGUAUCCACCCUCAGUCACCAGAUUCAGCAGGACCGUCAUGUUGAGACACAAAUCGUUGCCUAUGCUGUUGUACUUUAUACCCACACUCUUACUUCGGGUUAUCUCCCAGAAGUCCCGGACAUCCGGCAAACGCUAGACAAGGCCAUUCCCGUGUGGCAGAAGCUUUCACUUUCUCCAAAUAGUUUGAAACGUCUAUCAUGGGCCUUUUGCGUCUCUGCAAGCUUGGCGCUAGGAUCGCAUCGUUUAGUAUUUUCAAAUAUUCUCUCCGACGCUUCCGCUUCCGUGGGAUCCGAUUCCAGAAUUGUGAAACUCCUACGGUCCUUGGCCGAGGAAUGUUGGAGGAUCCUAGACACCGGUGCUCCAUCGUGCAAGUGGGAAAAUGUGAUGAAAGAGUUGGGACACGACGUAUGUAGCACGUUAUUUGCAUGA